UGGGCCAUAUGGGUCACUGCCAGCUCGAGGCCAUGGUGGUGGAGGCGCCACACGCUAGGGCAGCUGUGAAGGGGAGAGCGCGGGCCAGGGUUUCGCGCGUUGCGCGCCUCGACGAUCCGGAGGAGCUACAUUCUAGGAUCCUUUAGUUCCUCGUUUCGAUCGAUUCUUCUCCAAAUCGAUCGCUCGGCGGCAGCGGCUCUGAAAUAUGCAUCCGCGGCAGCAGAUCCGCUCGGCCAGGCCGGUGACUUGCCAUUCUCUGGCGCAGUCGGGCGAUAUCGAUGGAUUGCGCGUAUUGCUUCACCAAAAUCCGUCAUUGAUCAACUCGCGAAACCCUGUGAUGUCCCAGACCCCUUUGCAAAUGGCAGCUGCCAGCAACCAGGAUGAUGCCGUGAGGUUCUUGCUCGAAUGGAAUGGACCGGAGAGAGCCGAUCUCGAGGCUACGAACAUGUAUGGAGAGACUGCGCUGCAUCUAGCAGCGAAGAAUGGCUCUACCGGCGCUUUGAAAGUACUCUUGAAGCACAACGCGCGCAAAGAAGCCAAGGCUCUGAAUGGAAUGACGCCUUUGCACUUGGCUGUCUGGUCUUCCGUGAGAGCGCAAGACUGUAAAGCAGUCGAGGUGCUCCUGGAGCACAACGCUGACGUAUCUCUGGAGGACAACGAGAAGCUCACUCCGCUAAGCCACCUUCCGAAGAGCUCGGGAAACGAGAAGCUGCAGGAAAUGCUGGAGCGCCAGCUCGAUCUGCAGAGGAGGCAGAAAGCGAAAAAAGCGUUGUCGGGCUCAAAGCUGAAGAUGCUGGAGCUGGAGAAAGAACUUGAGAAAAUUGUCGGUCUAGACGACCUCAAGCUCCAGCUUCGCAAGUGGGCUAAAGGAAUGCUCCUGGACGAGAAACGACGAAGCCUUGGCUUGAACGUUCCCAAAAGAAAGCUGCCUCACAUGGCAUUCCUUGGCAAUCCCGGUACAGGGAAAACCAUGAUUGCGCGUUUGCUAGCCAAACUCUUACACAUGGUUGGCGUCUUGGAAUGCGAUAAAGUUGUUGAGGUCCAGCGAACUGAUCUGGUUGGCGAGUUCGUCGGUCACACGGGCCCAAAAACAAGGAAAAGAAUCAGAGAAGCUGAAGGAGGCAUUCUCUUCGUGGACGAGGCCUACAGACUGAUACCAGCGCAGAAAGCAGAUGACAAGGACUACGGAGUUGAGGCGCUGGAGGAGAUCAUGUCAGUCAUGGACAGUGGCAAGGUAGUGGUGAUCUUUGCUGGCUACGCAGAGCCCAUGAAGCGGGUCAUCGCAAGCAACGAAGGCUUCUGCCGGAGGGUGACCAGGUUCUUCCACUUCCCCGACUUCAGCACAGAGGAGCUGGCAGAGAUGAUCCACCUCAAGCUCAAAGAGCAACACGAAGACUCGCCAACCUUCGGCCUCAAGCUCGAACCGGGAUGCACGGCAGGAGCCAUUGCGGAGCUCCUGGACCGCAAGACAACAGAGAAGCAGCGCAGCGAGAUGAAUGGUGGCCUCGUCUGGCCGCUGCUCGCCAACGCCAAAGACCACCUCGACUACAGACUAGACCUGGACUGCUGCGAUUCGGACGAGCUCGUGUCCAUCACUCUCGAGGACCUCGAAGCCGGUUUGGAGCUCAUUCCCAGGCAGCAGUCACUCUAGAGAAACACGUUCAUUCAUCGAUCGACGUACAUUUUCGACGCUAUAGAUAGCUACACGACAGCAGUAUUCUUUCGUCACGGACGGCCAUCGACUCGCCACGUGUUUUCGACCAGAGCCACUAGACUGAGGAUAUUUCUCGUGUGCCGGGCGUGUGGCUUCCAGGUUCCAACAACAACAAUGGUGGGGGGUGGCAUUCUCGGUACCGGAUUUCAGCUAGCAGUGGUACCAGCAGCAGUGAGAACUCCUCUUGCAUCGUCGAGGAGCGUGAGAGUGCGUGCUCAGGUCCAGGAGGGAGAAGCAUCAUCGGUGGUGCUCAAUCCCUCUAUCCGAAAAGACGUGGAGAAAGUGGUCGACACAGUGGUGGUGGGAGAGAUCUCCAAGCCGGUGACAGCAUAUUGCAGGUGUUGGAGAUCUGGAACAUUUCCUCUGUGUGAUGGGUCUCACAUGAAGCACAACAAAGCCACUGGUGACAAUGUUGGGCCACUCUUGCUCAAGAAAUAGAAUAUUCUUUGGUUAGUCUAUUCUGCCUCUUUUUAGAGUGAAAUAAACUUCUAUUUUUUUA